GGGAAAAUGACGACGGUAUGAACUCAGUCGUCUCUGGCAGUGAUGUGAGCGUGACUCACGGUGACUGUAGCUGCAAACAUCUGGAAGUGUUGCUCACGGUGUGCUCACUGCUGCCUGACGGUUGCAAGAAGUGGAUGUUUAUUUUUUCGUUCGGUGGCGAGGGGGUUCCAGCAAAAUACAAGGGAGCUUGAUGAUUCACAGUGGAAGGGAAAUGUCUGCUUCUCCAGAUAAAGCCAUGGCUGAGGGAAGCUGCUUUGGUGCGUUGUAGAUGUUUGGGAUGACCAGAGCUGAACCUUACCUCAACGAGGGAGAGGGGAGAGCAAAGAAGAAAGAAUCGAGGGAAGGAGGGAAAACAUCUGCUCAGAAAGGAUAAGGAUCAGCAGCUCAUCUGGAUCUGAACCGGGAACCUGCUGGAGCUUUUUGUUUGUAAGGAAAGAAUUUAAACUUGUCAAAAUCAGAGAUUUGUGCCUUGGAGGAGCUUUAAUCGACUUUUUUUUUGUUUUUUUUUUUAAAUCACUGGUUGCUACCCUUUUACAAAAGAGUAACAAAAUGUGUCAUGUCAUUGUAACAUGCCGCUCCAUGCUCUGGACUCUGCUCAGCAUUGUUGUGGCCUUUGCUGAGCUCAUUGCCUUCAUGAGCCCCGAUUGGUUGCUGGGAUUCCCGCGGUCAGACUCCAGCGUGACCGGAGCGGGAGUGGACUCCGGAGAGUACCGGCCGUCUCUCGGCCUCUACAGCCGCUGCCUCCGCGUCGGGGCCCGGGGGGUAGGGGUGAGCUGCGGGCCGUACGCUGGGACAUUUGGCGAAGUGGCCAGUGACUUCUGGAAGGGUGCCAUGUUGUUUCUGGCAGCAGGGACGUUGGUGCUGGGGUGUGUGGCCUGCGUGUCCAUCUUCAGCCUGUGUUUCCAGAGCAUCUUGAAGAAAAGCAUUUUCAACAUCUGCGGGCUGCUGCAGGCUAUCGCAGGCCUGUUGUUGAUGGUGGGCCUCAUGCUGUAUCCUGCUGGUUGGGGUUCAGAGAAGGUGAUCAGUUACUGCGGCUCUGAGGCCUCGCCGUUCAGGCCGGCUCUGUGUUCACUUGGCUGGGCGUUCUACGCAGCAAUAGGAGGAACGCUGGCGACCUUCCUCUGUGCCGUUCUGUCCGCUCAGGCGGAAAUUGCCACCUCCAGCGAUAAGGUUCAGGAGGAGAUUGAGGAGGGGAAGAGUCUGAUAUGCCUACUUUGAGCCCACACAAACCUUGGGAGUCAUCUUAAUGUGUCAUCGGGAGUGACUGUCUUUAUGAUAUCCUGGUAAAAACCUGGUUGUUUUAAGGAACGAACGUUUGGUAACCGCUUUUUAUGGCAUGGCGUUUCCCUCUGAAACUUGCUGAAGCCUACGUAAGGCUAAGAACAUUACCCAUACACUUUUCCUUUUCCUUCUUCUUUUUUUUUUUAUUAUAACCAAGAUACUGUCUAUUUUUGUAAAAAUGUUCACCUUAAACAAACCACUGUACUAGAAUAAUGUGUUGCGGACAGAUUAAACGCUGCCAGUAAAACAGUGUGUAGGACUGUGAUGCCUUUUAUAACGUUCGUUUAUAUGGUUCACCUGCAGACCUCAACAAACCACUGAGUGUUAGCAGAUGUGCUCGCUGAAACACCCAAACGAUGUUCUGUGAUGAUUAAAACUGUUGAGGCUCCUACAUAUUUGCCUGCUGUAAUUCUCUGACAGUAGCAGUAAGAUAUUUAGUUAUUCUCAGAUGUGCCACAAGGGAUUGUUUACAUAAAAGGAAGUUCCUACCUGUAAAUGAAUUCUAUUGUAGCUCCGUAACUGGCUGAGUGUGUGUGUGUGUGUGUGUGAGAGAAACUUGCCAUGUUUCACUGUGUCCUUGCCCACAGUAUGAUUAACCACUGCAGCUUAUCUUGGGCUGCCUGACAUGAGAACAAUUGUGAAUUGACACUAGACACACAUUCGGCCAACGCUCCCAGUGAAUCAUGGGAGUUGCCGCGUUCAAAGCAGAUCAAGGCAAAGACGUUUUAAGUUGAAUAGAUUCAGUGUAUUCCCCUUUUCCAUCAGGCACCCCAUAUUGUGUUUUGCACUUGACCCUGGAUUAAUUUCACAUUGCUGUAAAUCGGAUUCAUGUGAUGCUGCGCUAUUAUUCAUUGUAGGUGAGCAUGUGCAAUAAGUGAGCUGUAGUGUGUGUGUGUGUGUGUGUGUGUUUGCUUUGGGACUAAGAGGAUGAGACCACGAUGUGGAUUUGUGUCAAGAAGCAUUUCCAGACCGUUUAGUGUCGACUGUUGGUUGUUUUUUGUUACAUUAACAAGAGUAACGGCUUCUGUGGUACAGCGCGCGAUGCUGCGUGCGUGAAAGGUUGAUAAUGUGUGAAGAGAAACAGUCUGUUCUUUGUACUCAAAUAAACCAGGCCUCCUUUAGUAAA